UACUUAACAUGAAAACACGACUUUCGUUCAUUUGGGGGAAAACCCUUUCACCGCAAAACUUUCAGUCCUCCAUUAAAAGAUAAAAUGAAUCUCCUCAAACUCAACUUCCAUCCCUACCACCACCACCGCCGCCACCGCCACCGCCACCGCCACCGCCAAAUCAAGCUCCCGGCGCAAUCACUGUCCUCCUUCCCCACUUCAGAUGGACAAAGUUUCAAACUUUCACCGUCCAUCGCUACACCCUUGUACUCUCUCACCAAGUGCGCUAAGAAUUCAAAGAUCAAUGCGGCAAUCCCAAUUUCGAUUGAGAAGAACGAAGACGAAGAAAUUGAAGAAUUUGAAGAGUACUUAGCGGAAGAUGGAGAGGUUUAUCAGAAGACACUAAGACUUGUGGAGUGUGCAAUGUUUGCCGCUGUUUCUGGCCUCGCCUUCCUUUUGAGUAAUUCUCUCGCCAUUGAGAAAUACUUUGCGUGUUUCUUUGCUUUGCCAAUCGUAAUGUCAACUAUGAGAUGGGGUAUUGCAGCUGGUAGGAAAACCAUGGUGGCAACUACUGUAUUAUUGAUCGUAUUAUCUGGUCCGGUGAAAGCACUUACUUAUUUGUUAUUGCAUGGCUUGCUUGGUUUCGCCAUGGGCAGUUUUUGGAGGUCAAAGACAAGCUGGGGGGCCUCGGUUUUCAUGUGCUCGAUUGUUCGAGCUAUAGGAGCUCUGGCUAAUGUCGUAAUUGCCUCAUAUUUAAUCGGGGAAAAUAUACUGGCGUUGAUCACAAUUAACGUCCACGCUCUUGUCACAUUUAUCCUCUCGUCCAUGGGCAUAAUCGUCGUUCCAUCGAUGAAUUUUAUUUACUUCAUUUUCGGGUUUUUGCUUCUGCUGAACUGUGGUUGCUUUGUGUUCUUGCUGCAUCUUUUAUACGCUGUAUUCUUUACAAGACUCGGAAUGAAGUCUUCACUUAGACUACCUAAAUGGCUCGAGGCUGCAAUAUGACGACAUCGUUAAUAUAUAUAUUCCGAAUAUUCUUUCGACAAACUUUCGCGAAUGUUACAUGCACGGCGAACGAUGUAGUAAUACCAAGGAUGCAUGUGAGUAUGAUUAGUAGCAGCAAAUCAGCACUGCAGAAAGAAGAGUUGGAAUAGGGAAAAUAAUUUCAUCCUAAUUACCAUGUAUUUUGGGUAAAUAAAUAUAUAAUUUUAUUCAUGUUUCCAUGUGUUUGACCAUAGAAUUGUUGACAAUUAUAUUUUUAAUCUUUGAGUAAAUUAGAAAGUUAGGUUUAAUUA